CAAACACAUUAUAUAUUAUGUAAAUAUUAUCAUGCAGUACUAUCAUUUUUCAAAGUAUGCUUAAUAUAUGUGUGUCCAAAUUCUUUUUGCAGGUACAUGCUCAUAAACAAAAGCUUGUCUUAGGAAUAACUGAAGAAGCUGAUGAAGGGGAUUGGUUUCCAAAACAGAGAAUAAAUAUUGCUUGUAGAAAAUUGGAAGGAAUUAAUCCAUGUUAUGCUACAAGAGAGGAGCUGAGACUUGGCCAUGGUUCAAAAUCAAUAUUUAGGAAUUUGGAGUCCAUAUGCCUAGGUGAUUCUAAGCAUAACAUACGUGCAAGAUUAGGUGAAAGAGAUCUUACUGUUGAAGAGCAGGUUGACUGUCUAAUCGAUCAAGCCACAGAUCCCCAUGUUUUGUGUUCUUUAUAUCUAGGCUGGAAACCUUGGAUGUGAAUAUGAUGGCUAUUUUUAGAAAAAUGGUUCUUAAAAUCUAUGUAUGUGUAUAUAUAUAUAUAUUCUGUAAUAAUUAAGAUUUCAUUAUUUUGCUUUUUAAUCACAAGUAAUGUUUGCAUUUGUAAAUAUGUAACUAAAUAAAAAUAUGUUUUGUUUCAUUUCUGUUUUUUAUAAACUGUGUUUUAAAAAAUGUGUAUAAUAAUAAUUAAUAUAGAUAAUCCAGUAAUUUAAUAUAAGUAAUUUAGUGUUUUGGUAUAUUUCAAUUUGUUCUGUAUUUUUGCAGUAUCUAUUUGAGAUAUACGUUUUUUACCCUUCUUGAUAUGAAUUUUAGAAUGCUGUUAACAAGAUAAUUUUUUUUAAAAUGGUAAUAAAUUUGAGUUUAAAAUAGGUAGCAUUUAAAAAAUAUUAGCUUGUUAAAUAAUUUCAUUAUCUGCGGAAUGGUCUCUUUGCAAGAGGAAAAAAAAAAGUUUUAGCUGCCUUUGAUUUUAUAAAAUAUUUUAUACUGUGCAGAAUCAUUUCGAUUGCAUACUGAAUUCUUAAGUACUAACUAGUUUGAUUUUAUAAAUCAAUUUUCUUUCUCUUUUAUUGCCAUUUUUGUGAACAUUAAUAAGUGCCUGUAUUUUUAAUACAGAUCUGAAAUAGAUGUAAUAUGUAGUCUGUUAUUCUUUAUGCAUUCAAAAUUAUACAGCAGCUUUGAUAUAUAAAUUUGGUUUGCUUGUAUGAAUAAAAAUUACAAAAUAAAGAGAAGAUUCUGCUUAAUUUAUAUGCAUUUUAUAAAAUUUUUAGUAUUUGGUGUAAUACUACUAAAAUAUAUAUUUUGUAUAUAUGUGUUUGUGUACUUUUCCAACUUUGAUUCGAGCUAUGUAAUAAAUUCUUUUUUGAGAAAAA